CUUCGAGAAAUCGCGAGAAUCGUGUCAUUAAAAUUGGAGAUUUUGGACUAGCUAGAAAUAUGUACACGGAUGAUUAUUAUCGCAUGAAAGAAGAAAAUUUGCUUCCUGUUCGCUGGAUGGCACCGGAAUCUUUGGUAUUCGGCACAUUUACUUCUCAAAGCGAAGUUUGGUCAUUUGGUGUUUUAAUGUGGGAAAUCACAUCGUUGGGUGAGCAACCUUAUAUUGGCAAGUCUAAUGAAGAAGUGAUAAAUUAUGUACGUGCUGGAGACAGAUUGCCGAUGCCUCUUAACUGUCCGACAAUAUUGUACCAGUUGAUGCUACGUUGCUGGCGUACAGCGGGUGCUAGGCCAAAUUUCAAAUUAUGUUUGAAAACUAUUAUAGCAUUAAGAAAGAACAUAGAAGAUGCCUUACUGAUUGUGAGUCCAGUCGACACUAUUUAGCCGAUAUAAUGAAAUUAAUGUUUAUCUUCA